UGGGCGUCCGUGACCCGUCUCUGCAGCUCAGUCCGAUAUGGUAAAUUUGAGGUUGAUGCUGCUCACGUAAAAAGGCCGCUGGAUACGUCCGGCUCAUUUCAGGUUCAGUCAACACAGAACAAGGUAUACCCAGACUGAAACUAAAGAAUUUCUUUCAAGUAUGGAGGGCGAUGAGUUCCGACGUGCUGCCGGCGAGGUGGCUAAUUUUAUCGUGGACUACCUGAAGGACGUCAAGGACCGUCCCGUGCUACCCUCCGUGGAGCCAGGCUACCUGCACAAACUGUUACCUGCGAACGCGCCUCAGCAACCCGAGGCGUGGCAGGACAUCAUGACGGACGUACAAGACAAGAUCCUACCAGGGAUGACCCACUGGCAGCAUCCUCAUUUCCACGCCUACUUCCCCGGUGGUAACUCCUAUCCAUCGAUGCUGGGCGAGUUCCUCGCAGCAGGUCUUGGCGCCAUCAGCUUUACCUGGAUCGCCUGUCCCGUCAUGACGGAGUUGGAGACGGUCAUGGUUGACUGGGUGGGACGCAUGAUGGGUCUUCCCAAGGAACUGCUACCGUACACCGAGGGGGGUAAAGGGGGAGGUGUCAUCCAGGCCUCAUCUAGUGAGUGUACCCUUGUGUGUAUGUUUGCAGCAAGAACCAAAACCAUCACUGCCUUGAAGGAGACCCACCCAGGAGAAGAUGACUGCAUCCUGCUGUCCAAGCUGGUGGCUUAUUUCUCAGAAGAGGCUCAUUCGUCGGUGGAGAAGGCAGCGAACAUUGCCUUCGUGAAGAGACGUAUUUUGCCGACUGACGAUAAGUUUUCGCUUCGCGGGAAGACUCUCCGUGAAGCUGUUGAGAAGGAUAUCGCAAGUGGAAUGGUUCCAUUCUUUGUCUGUACAACUAUCGGAACAACAGGCAGUGCAGCCGUGGACAACAUUGAGGAGAUCGGGCAAGUCUGCGCAGAGAAGGACCUAUGGCUUCACGUGGACGGCGCCUACGGUGGUAACGCACUUAUCUGCCCGGAGUACAGAUAUCUACUCAAAGGGUUCCAGUAUGUGACGUCUUUCAACUACAAUCCCAUUAAGUGGAUGCACGUGGGUAUGGACUGCUCUGUCAUGUGGGUGAGAAACAAGUACUUGUUAGUGGAAGCACUCUCCAUCAACCGCAUCUACUACAUGGAAGAUGAACACGAGAAACACCUGCUGGACUACAGGAACUGGACAAUCCCAUUAAGCCGGCGAUUCCGAUCACUGAAACUGUGGUUCGUUAUCAGGACGUAUGGCGUGGAAGGACUGCAGGAGUACAUACGAUCACAUGUGGCCUUAGCCAAGAUGUUCGAGUCCUGGGUGCGUGCGGAUGAUAGGUUCGAGGUUGUCGGCACUGUUGAGUUCGGCCUGGUGUGCUUCAGGCUCAAGGGGGAGAACAACUUGACAGAAUUCCUCCUUCAACGGAUCAACCAGUCUGGCAAGGCCCACAUGGUUCCCACCUCCCUCAAAGGGAAAUACGUCAUCCGUUUCACCCCCUCCAACUGGCACUACUCAGAGGAGAUCACCAAGAAAACCUGGGACAUCGUCACGGGCUUCGCCGAGGUGGUGCUCCGCAAGCAUCAAGAGGCGGUCCAGCGGUUCAAGUGGCUUCUGACCAAGUACAAGGACUACGCCCGGGCAAGGCGGGAGUCGUUGGGCGCCGAGGAGGUCUUUGGUAAAGAGGAGGACCAGUCGUGGACUGGGGUCCUGCGCAAGAUAGGGUACCGCACCAGCUCCUCCGAGGAGCCCGAGGAGCCCGAGGAGAUUGAGACGCCGCCGCGGUGCCGGUUCUCCCUCGGCGAUGUCCCGGAGGAUUCCCCGCUGGACGAAGUCGUCGCGGAGAACUUGCCGGUCUUUUCCGACGAUCGCCCGGCGGUAGUGAGACGAAACAGUUCCUUCCAGUCGCUGAGCCUUCAGUAUGAUGAACCGACCACAUUACCCAAACAACCCAGCGAAACACUCUUUUCGUAGAUUAAACAUGAAACGUGCCUGACUGGCCAACCACCUCUGUGUUGUGUUUUCACACGCAAAACCAACAUUCUUAAUAUAGGUUUUCUCGGUCAAUUUCGGCAAAUGAGCAGCCAAUUUAAUUUUCGUGCGUUCGAAUUGAAGCUAU